UUUCGGACUGCUCGGGAAGCUCAGCCCUCUGGCGCACUUCUCUGGUUCAGCUUCUCCCGCCUUCCGGGAUCAAAACCGAGAAUCGAAACUAAGCUGGACUCCAUGCAGCAGGAACCUGCGCCCGCCGGAUCUCCCGGGCCCCAGCAGGACCCCGCACUGCCCUACGCCCCCACCAUGCCUCCCCCGGAGCCCCCCUCCGAAGGCUACCAGCCCAGCCCGAGCCCCAGCCCCAGCCCCACAGAGCAAGCCACGGAGGAAGAGUUCCAGUUCUUGCACUGCCAGGGCUGCCGGGCAGAAGCCAAGUGCCCCAAGCUGCUCCCUUGUCUGCACACGCUGUGUUCAGGAUGCCUGGAGGAGUCGGGCAGGCAGUGCCCCAUCUGCCAGGCGCCCUGGCCCCCAGGCGCUGACGCCGAGGCCCUGGACAACGUCUUCUUCGAGAGCCUGCAGCGGCGCCUGUCCGUGUACCGGCAGAUCGUGGACGCACAGGCGCUUUGCACCCGCUGCAAGGAGCCGGCGGACUUCUGGUGCUUCGAGUGCGAGCAGCUCCUCUGCGUCAAGUGCGUCGAGGCACACCAGUGGUUCCUCAAGCACGAGGCCCGGCCGCUGGCGGAGCUCCGCAGCCAGUCGGUGAGCGAGUUCCUGGAUGCCACGCGCAAGUCCAACAACAUCUUCUGCUCCAACCCGAAUCACCGCAGCCCCACGCUGACUAGCAUCUACUGCCGAGGCUGCUCCAAGCCGCUGUGCUGCUCCUGCGCGCUCCUGGAUCGGGGCCACAGCGAGCUCAAGUGCGACAUCAGCGCGGAGAUCCAGCAGCGGCAGCAGGAGCUGGACGCCAUGACGCAGGCGCUGCAGGAGCAAGACAGCGUCUUCGGCGCGGCGCAGGCGCAGAUGCGCUCGGCAGUCAGCCAGCUGGGCCGCGUGCGCAGCUGCACAGAGGAGCUGAUCCGGCAGCGGGUGCAGCAGGUGGUCGCGCACGUGCUGGCGCAGGAGCAGGAGCUGCUGGCCGGGGUGAAUGCGCGGUACCAGCGCAACUACGAGGAGAUAGCGGGCCAGCUGGGCCGCCUGGACGCUGUGCUGCAGCGCAUCCGCACGGGCAGCGUGCUGGUGCAGAGGAUGAAGCGCUACGCCUCCGACCAGGAGGUGCUGGACAUGCAUGGCUUCCUAUGCAAGGCACUCCACCAUCUGCGCCAGGAGGAGCCCCAGAACCUGCAAGCCGCCACGCGCACCGACAGCUUCGACGAAUUCAAGAUGCGCCUGCAGGACCUCGUCUCUUGCAUCACCCAAGGCACAGAUGCAGCUCCAUCCAAGAAAGCCAGCCCAGCAGCUGCCAGCUCUCCCAGAGACCCUCUUGACAUUGACCUGCCAGAGGUGGCGCAGAGGGCCCAGGUGCAGGCCUCGGGACUGGCUGCAGUACAGCCGGUGCCAGGGGCACACCCAGUGCCAGUGUACGCCUACUCCAUGAAGGACCCCUCCUGCAGAGAGGAGGUCUCCAACACAGCCACACCACAGAAGAGGAAGUCCUGCCAGACCGAGUACCCCAGGAAGGUUAUCAAGAUGGAGUCUGAGGAGGAGAAGGAGGCAAGGUUGGCUCGGAGCUCCCCCGAGCAGCCCAGGCCCAGCACCUCCGCGGCCGUCUCGCCGCCCCGCCUGGACGGGCCCCCCACCCCCGAGAGCCCCAUCAUAAGAAAUGAGACCUUCCUGCCUGACAGCAACCAUGCGACCAGCGACCCUGGGGAGGCAGAGGAACGCAUCGUGGUGAUCAGCAGCUCGGAAGACUCAGAUGCUGAAAACUCGCCCUCCCAAGAGCCGGACGACAGCAGCAGUGAGUCUGGUGACCUCCAGCUGGAGGGGCCCAGCUCCCUCGGGGUCCUGGACAAAAGCCUUGCUGAGUCUCAAGCAGAAGACAGACCCCUGGUUUUCUUCGACCUCAAGAUUGACAAUGAAACCCAGAAGAUUAGCCAGCUGGCGGCUGUGAACCAGGAAAGCCAGUUCCGGGCGCUGAUCCAGCCCGAGGCCUUCGGCAUCUACUCCAAGGCCGUCUCCCUGGAGGUGGGCCUGCAGCACUUCCUGCGCUUCCUGGACGGCCUGCACCGCCCUGUGCUGGCCUGCUAUCAGCUGUGGGGGCCCAGCCUCCCCAGCUUCUUCCAGGCCCUGGAGGACAUGAAUAGGCUGUCGGAGUUCCAGAAGGCCAUCUCGGGCUUCCUGGCCGCCCUGCCCCUCAUCCAGGAGUGCGUGCCCGGGGCCAGCAGCUUCAAACUCAAGAGUCUGGCCAGGACCUACCUGGCGAGAAACGUGAACGAGCGCAGUGCCCUGGCCGCCGUGCUGGCCAUGCGUGACCUGUGCCGCCUCCUCGAGGUGUCUCCGGGCCCCCGGCUGGCCCCGCACAUCUACCCCUUCAGCAGCCUGCAGUGCUUCGCGUCGCUGCAGCCCCUGGUGCGGGCGGCCCUCCUGCCCCGGGCCCAGGCCCGCCUGCUGGCCCUCCACAAGGUCAGCUUCAUGGAGCUGCUGACCGCACACCGCCAUGACCCGCAGGGGGGCUUGAAGAAAUACAACCACUUCCUGAGCCCACAGACCCCCUCGUCGCCCCUCACCCAGUCUGUUCUCAACGUGCAGGCUCUGGGCACCUACUUUGAAGGCCUGCUGGAGGAGCCGGCCUUGGCACAGUCAGAAGGCAUCGCUACCCGUCUUGCUGGCCGCAGCUUGGCAGAAAGGGCCCCCCAGGAGAGCUGAGAGGAGGGGACGACUGGCUUGGCCUCUGUGGGGACAGAGAAGGAUCAGGGUCCCUGGGCCAGGCCCUGCCCAUCACAGCAUUCCCAGGUCUAGGUCCCCAGUGCUUUGUCGUUAGGUCCAGGAUCAGUUCUUCUCUGGGACCAAAUUCCCCUUCUCUAAAAAUCCCACAGAGAAAGUUCAAGGCCAAGCAGCCACCUGCCAGGGGCCACCAGAUCCCCGUACAGGCCCUGGGAGCACCUAUGAGUGAGCUCACCAGACCCCAGGCCCCUCCCCUCCAGGAGCCAGAACUAGGGAGGCCCCCAGUGAAGGAGGCAUGGCGCUGAGUUCUUGAAGUGGCCCCCAUCGUGCCCCGGCCGCCUGACUUACCACUCCCACCCAAGUCCUUGCUGCUCUUCCCUGACAACCCCCACCCCCGCCACAGCCCCAGGGGACCUGCUGACAGCUCUCACAGACACUGCCUGCAAUGACUGCAGCCCUAUGGGUAUCAAAGUGCCUUUCAAACCAAACCGUCCCUCGUGGAUUUGGGUUCUCCCAGCCUCUGCCUGCCUGGAGACCGGCUCUGUUCACCUCCCCUUUGGAGCAUUUUCAUCCCCAAAGGGCCUCCUGUCAUUGGAGACAGGGGCUGCUGCUCCAUUUCCUGUCCCUGCUUCCACUUUCUGACCCUUCCAAGCCUGCCUCCCUCCUGGCCGCAAAGACGCCUCCCCUCAGUCAAGACUUUGCCUUUGGUCCUCAGGCACCAACCCCUCUCAACAUGGCCCCGCUCCCCCUCCCCAGCCCCGCUGAGGAGUGUCCUCAAACCCAGCGCUGCUUUCUCUGGAGUUCAGGGACCCACAGCAUCAGAGUCUCGGGGGCAGGGCCCAGCAAGCUGUUGUAGCAGGUUCCCCAGAUGACUGAUGCCCACCAAAUUUCAGAACCAUUGCUCUGAUAGAUGGCUUCUCCUCCGAGGAGCAGCAGAGAGAGUUCUGGCCCUGGCCCUGACUGUGUGCACUGAGUGGAAUCUAGGAAAGGGCCCCUUCCUGAGCCUCCACAUCCCCACCUGUAAAAUGGGCUGGUUGGUCCCAGAGCUGUCACCCAGCUUUGCCAUUCUGGGGUUUUAGGAAGAACAGCAGGCCUCUGAGGCUGUGGUCAAGGAGGUUUUCAUCCUUGAACCCCUGGUCCCAGCCCUAAGCUAAGGUCUCCAACUCUGUGGCCACACUAGAGGUCAGCAGCAGAACUCAGGCAGGGCAGGUGGGUCUCAUCUGACUGGCCGAACCAGUGUCCCUUUCCCAUUCCCCCUCGCAUCGCUCUCCCGUGGCUCCCUGAUCCUGGGAUGCUUCCCAGAUGCCUCCCAGGCCUCCCGCCUCCAUGGCCUUGGCUUCCACGCGGGUUAAGUCUGCUCCUCCAGUGGGUGCCCUGGAGACACUUGAUGGGACAGGAGAGUGCUGGCUCUCACAGUGAACUCUGACGCAUUUAAAAUAAGAUUCUGAUUUAAAGCAGGCGCUGGUUCUGAAGUUCGUCAAAAGCAGGCUGGAGGGCGAGGGGAGGAAGAGGCUGGAGCCCCAGCUUGGAUGUGAUGACCAUCUAGGCAGCAGCAGGGCAGCGCUUGGGCCGCUUCUCACAGCAUCUUCCCCUCAGCAGCCCCGCCCCAGGACUGAGCAGUGCCCGCUGACUUCCAGCUCCAAGCCCAGCCCCACGAUGCUUGCUAUCCUCAGAUGGAGUUGAUCCCAGGCUGUACAGCAAAGGGCUGUUCUGCCCUCUCUUCACUGUCGCAGCCUUUAAUAAAGAUGUGAAUCUUCAAA